AUGCGUCAAUUAAACCCUCUGCUACGGCAGACCUUGCUUCUACGGAAAUCAUGUCCCACGACACGCUACAAUCUCCGACCACUGCGCUUGCAAUGGCUGUCGUCCACGUCGACUCGUCUCUGUUCCUGCUCCGAGCCGCAACCAGAACAACCAGCUUCUCCCUCCUCUUCUCCAUCCGCUGACUACCGCGCAUUGGGAACCGCGCAAGACCUUUUCACUACCUCUAUCUACAGCCCUGGAUCGCCUCUCUUUCUCCCCAAUGGCACUCAUGUCAUCAACAAACUCGUUUCCUUCCUCCGCACGCAGUACCUCCAGUACGGUUUCCGCGAAGUCCUAACCCCAACUAUUUACAAACGUUCCUUAUGGGAGUUGUCGGGACACUGGCAAAACUAUAAAGAUGAUAUGUACGAAGUACGAGGUCGAGGUGCGACAGGGGACACCGACGGGGAGGCAGGAGAGGAUGAAUCGUACGGAUUGAAACCGAUGAACUGUCCUGGCCAUUGCUUGCUAUUCAAGUCGCAAAACCAUUCUUAUCGCGAACUCCCCAUCCGCUACGCCGAUUUCAGCCCGCUUCACCGCAACGAGGUUUCCGGUUCACUAAGCGGGUUGACUCGGGUCCGGCGGUUCCACCAAGAUGAUGGUCACAUUUUCUGCCGACCGCAACAGAUCAAGAGCGAGAUUGCGUCCGCACUUGGGUUCGUGGAUAUGGUUAUGAAUACAUUCGGGCUAGGACCGUAUCGACUUGUACUUUCUACGCGACCGGAGAAGGACUUUAUCGGAAGUUUGGAGUUGUGGGACAGCGCCGAAUCCCAGCUACGCGGGGCUCUCGACAGCAGUGGGAGAGAAUGGGCAAUCAAUGAGGGCGACGGUGCGUUUUAUGGCCCUAAGAUUGACAUCCAACUUCAGGAUCAAGCCGGGAAAUACCACCAGCUCUCUACCAUCCAGCUGGACAUGAACCUGCCGCAGCGCUUUGGGUUGGAGUAUCAGGUGGCCGAGGGAGAGGAGGAUUACAAUCCAGCAACCCCGGGAAGGGCAACUCCCGUGAUGGUUCACCGGGCGAACUUCGGUUCUAUAGAGCGAUUCCUGGCGCUACUCAUCGAACAAUAUGCCGGUCGCUGGCCAUUCUGGCUGUCUCCGCGGCAAGGAAUUAUCCUGACGGUUAACCAAGAUGAAAAGGUUGUGCAGACGGCACAUGAAGCUGCGGCGAAGAUAUCUGGAUUCCGUGCGCUCGAGCCUGGUCAGGACAAUAACAGCACGCCGCGGCCCCUCUCUUCCGUUGACUCGACCUUCUUGAUCGAUGUUGACGAUAGCCCCCAGACGCUCGGGAAGAAAAUCCAGAGGGCCAAACAGAUGAAGUAUAAUUUUAUCUUCAUUGUUGGUCGGAAGGAUGUUGCUGAAUCGCGUGUCACCGCUGAUAUCACCGGCCAAUUGCAGAGCAAGCCGGAUGGGAAUGCACAGAAGCUGCAGGAGGUACUGGUGAGUCGACUGGGCGAGAAGGCCGUUCAGAACCCCCGUGCGGUACCGUUGAGGGUUGACGAGGUGCACGAGAUCUUGGUGCAAUUGGAGCAGAAGUUUGUAUAA